CACGUGUACAAGUUUGAACAUUGUUUCCAUAGAAACUGUGUUGACCACAUGGUAAAGGCCAGGCUGCUGAAAGAAAGAAAGAAGAAAUCUCUGAUCCAGUACUGCUGUAUUUUUCAAAGGCCCUUUAAGAUGUCAAUGAUGCGUCGUCAAGCCAUGACCCGGACUCGUGCCGAUGAAGAAAAGAUGAGAGCAGACGACAGACGCAAAGAAUCCCAGAAAGACGACCACAUGAGACUGGUGGCACAAGACAAAAGUCUCCGUGCAACCCUUGCUGCUGAUGAGCGUGUAGAAAAUAAGAGGUUCAUCCGUCGUCUUCAGCAGGAGACCAAGGAGAGUGAAAUGGCUCAGAGGAUAGAGGCUGCAGCCAUUGAGAGAGAGAUCAAAGAGAAGCAACAAGAGCAGGAGGCACGACUGGCCAAGGAGAUGGAGAAGCUCAAGUGGGAACAGAACAAGGAUGAGAGAUAUAGACAGCAAAUCAGAGAAAAUAGUCUUGAGCUUCGUGAGUUGGAGGCCAAACUGAAGGCUGGUUACAUGAACAAGGAGAGAGCUGCUCAACUGGCUGAAAAAGACUCUAUGAAGAAAAAAGAAAAGAUGAUGGAGACUGAGAUGACACUUGUCCAACAGCGUGAGUACGAAAAAGACAAAGAACUAGAGCAACAAAAAGAGAAGGAGAAGAUAGAACAAAGUAUUCGCUACCAAAAAGAACUAGAGUCGCAGUUGGAGGAACAGGAAAGAAAGAGACAAGAAGCUUACGAAGAGUUUUUGAAAGAGAAGCUCAUGAUUGAUGAAAUCUGUCGAAAGAUCUAUGAAGAGGAUCAGAGGGAGCUUCAGGCCAGGCUGGAGAAACAGCAGGCCACCCGGCAGUACAUAUCUGAGUUUGUGCAGAAACGACAAGAGUGGAAGGAGCUUGAGCGUGAACUAAUGGAAGAAGAAAAUCGUCGUAUCCUCGAGUUCAGUCACCAACAACAGGCGAGAGAGGAGCAGAGGAUAGCUGCCAUGAAGGAGCAGGAGGAUGCCAAAGCUGUAGCUCAGCAGUACCUCACUGAAAAGAUCACGGCCAUGCAGCUGGAGGGCGAGGAGAUGGACCGAAUCCGCACUGAACUCUACUUAGAAGAGCAGGAGGAGAGGGAAAGACAAAAAGAAAAGGCGGCCAUUGAAGCCCAGCUGCGUCAUAGGCUAGACCUACAGGGUGCCCAUAAAUCGUACCUCGAGUUCAAGGCCAAGAAACUACAGGCUGAGAAGGAGGAGGAAGAAAUGUUCAGGCAGCAGAUGAUGGCCAAGUUUGCUGAGGAUGAUCGCAUUGAGCAAAUGAACGCUCAGAAGAGAAGAAUGAAGCAGUUAGAACACCGUCGUGAAGUAGAGAGGCUGAUUGAUGUGAGGCGUACUCAGUUUCAGGCCGAGAAAGAGGCAGAGUUGGAGCAAAGGAAAGAUGAGGAGAGGAGAGAGGCUUCUCGUAAGGUCAUUAUCGAACAGGAGAGACAGAGACUACUACAAGAACACGCAUCUAAACUACUCGGCUAUCUGCCCAAGGGGGUGCUCCGUGGUAGUCAAGAUCUGGACGUGCUGGGGUCAGAGUUCAAAGAGGCAUACACACGAAGACAAGUGGAUCCUUUUGAAGAUCUAUGAACUAACUUUUCCAAAACAAGACAUGUAGAAUUAUUGUUGUAAUCGAUACAUCAUGCAGUGUAUAAUUAUAAUAGCAUCAAAAAUAUGGAUUAAUUGAGAA